AUGACGGGGCCUUUAGGAGGCGGGCACCAUAGCAAUACGGCAACCGCCCAACCUUCGUCGACUCAGUCAAUCGAAGGAAAUGAGCAGGAAGGUAGCAUAGACAAUGACUGUCCAUUACAACCAGAGAAAUUACCCGGCUCUGAUAAUAAUGAGAAAGGGGGUUUUUUCUCAUCACCUUGGACCCCGAGACGGAUUGCAUUUUUUAGCAUUCUCGGAUUCUUAGGCCUGGCUAUUAUUGCGCUGGUGAUUGCUCUCCCUAUUGUUCUCACAAGACACCACCGCAAGCAUGCCUUCGUUCCAACAGGAACAACCCACGAAGACCCAAGCUAUCAUAUCGAAGAAAACCAUCCUGUUUGGGCCGUGCACGACUUCCCUGAUCCAGGUUUGAUCCAACACAAUGGCACAUGGUAUGCCUUUGGUACAAACCCCAAGAAGAAUGAUCCGGACACAAUACAUGUGCCGGUAGCCACAUCAACCAACUUUGUCAAUUGGACGCUACAUGAGGAUUACGAUGCGAUGCCGACGAUGGGCAAAUGGCAGAAGAAGGUCAACACCUGGGCACCAGAUCUAAUUCAACGAAAUGACGGAAAAUUCGUUCUUUAUUACGCCGGGGAGUCGAAGAACUUCACACCACACCAUUGCAUUGGAGCAGCAGUCUCCGAAGCAACAGAUCCCAUGGGUCCAUACACACCUCUCAAUGAAUCACUGGCUUGCCCACAUAAGUACGGCGGCGCCAUCGACCCCUCGCCCUUCAAAGACAAGGACGGCAAACUAUACAUCGUCUACAAAGGUGAUGGCAACAGUGUUGGCUCCGGCGGCUACUGUGGGAACAGCAAGAAACCUCGAAAGCCUGUUCCGAUAUUCCUUCAAGAGUUGCAAAGUGAUGGCAUUACCACAACUGGCGACGCGGUGAUUGUUCUUGAUAUCAAUGACACAGAUGGCCCGCUGGUCGAAGCACCCAACCUCAUCCAUAUUAACGGCACAUAUUUCCUCUUUUUCUCCUCGCAUUGCUUUACAUCUCUGGGGUACAAUGUAAAAUACGCCCAUUCAAGGUCGAUUAAGGGUCCUUAUAAGAGGGCUGUUCGGCCGUUACUGCAGACUGAAGACUGGGGUCUUGAGGCUCCUGGGGGUGCUACCAUAUCACCGGAUGGAACUAGGAUGGUUUUUCAUGCAAACUGUGGAGGCUGGAGAUGCAUGUAUGCUGCUGCUGUUGAUAUUCUUACUAAGAAUGACACUGUCGUUAUGUCUUCUUUGACAUUCGAGGUUUUUGAGUCGAGUAACUCGACUAAUGCGACGAGCACCUCGGCGAAAACUUGA